UAACAGGCCGGUGGGGGCUUGGGGGUGGGUCGAGAAGUAGGCCCCGCCCCGCCGGGUUACCAUGGCAGCAGUGGCUGUCCUGAGUGAGAGAGGAUGGCGAAGUCAGGCGCGGCUCGGAGCGGAGCGGCUUUCAAAUGGAGAUAACCCUGUAAGACCCAGUCACCUCCACUACAGCGAGUGCGACUCACCCUGACCUCAAACCGUUAUCUACUAACCCAAAAAAAACUGCACAAAGCAUGGCGGACAAUGACAACUCACCAUCUACAAAGCCCUUUGUGGGAGAGAUCAAAAGUGGGUUGAAACCAUCCAUGAAGAUGAGUAUCACAGGAAUGGUUCAUUCACAUCCCAACAGCUUUGUACUAAGUCUCAUUGGCAACCCUUCAGAACCAGAUACAGACGUGGGCCUUGAAGUGACUGUUAACUUCAGGGAUCGCUCAGUUAUACGGAAUGCCAAAGUUUCAGGCAAAUGGGGGAAAGAAGAGAAAAACAUACCAUACUUCCCUUUCACGGCAAUGCAGCACUUCAAGAUGGAAAUCCUAUGUGAACACCAGCAAUUCCGGGUUCAAGUGGAUGGACAAAGGCUGUUUGAUUUUACGCAUCGCAUCCAACAACUACAAAAACUAACUGCUUUAAAAAUUACAGGCGAUGUUCGACUGACAAAAGUAGUUUAAUCUUAGUAAUAAAAGUUCUCAAGAGAAGACAAUCAAAAAUGUGUGGUUCCCCCAGCUGCUAUAUUUCAAGUUAAAGUCUGCAGACUGAUCCUGCACCAACUGGCUUUCUAAGCAGCAGAACAAUUUCUUUUUGCAAACAUGGGAAAAGUGUACUUUCAAAAAAACAAUAAAAAUCAACAACAUUCGUUCA